AUGACGUCGGAAGCGUCGGAAACGUCUUACAGGAACCUGUGCUCCCUGGAAACUCUCAGAUCCGGAAGCAAGGGAUUCUUUCGUGAUUUCAGCGAGAAGGUGAUUCGAGUGGUCGGCGAACAGUGGAUCGACAAGGUUUUCGGCCGACUGACCAGCGACGAGGACCGAGUCCGCGUCGUCUUCACCGACGCCAAGGUCAGGGACACGGUGCUGGAGACGCUGAACCGAACGGAGAUUCUCUACCGCGGCAAAGACGCAAGCGUCUCCAGGGCGAAGAGGCUCGAGGGAUUCGAAGCGGCAGCCGCCGCUCGCCACCGCGACGCUCUCCUCCUCUUUGGUCAAGCCGUCCUUCGCGCUCCUCCUCUAGGGUUCGGCUUGCCACUCGCGCUAUUGGCCAGAGCCGAAACUUUCCUCGCCUUGAAUCAGCACCAACUCGCGCUUCAAGAUCUGAGCUUCGUCGAGGAGAUGGACCGCCAUCUUCCAAACGAGUUGAGAGCGAUGCUCGCUCGGAUCAAGAAGCUGUGCGAGACGUUCGUACGAGCUUCCACCGAAGAGAGGAGCCUGUUGCCUGUGAAACACGUGGUGGAAGAAGCAGCGGUGACUCGACUGACCGGCGGCGCGAAUCCUCGCCUGCCGAGCGCCUCGCUGCUGCUGGACAUCGAGGAGACGGAAAAGGCUGGCAAGCGGGUGAUUGCGGCCAAGCCGAUCGAGCCGGGCGACAGAUUGGUGGUGGAGGAGCCGUUCGCGGCCACUCUGUUGCCAGAGUUUUUCGGCACACACUGUCAACACUGUUUCUCGAGGGUCCGGCAUGAGCGUUUUGAGCAUGCUCGCUUUGCGAAUGACCACUCAGGCCGGGCUAGCCGGCUGCACGAGCAUCCAUCGCGCGUUGAAUCGUUCGAGUUCCGAACAACGAGCUUCGAACAACGAGCAACAGCAGCAGCAACAGCAACAGCCGAAACUCAGCAAGUCGGCGAAACGUCGUUUGAGAAGGAAGAAACUCGGCGAUUCGAGAUGCCGGAAGCAAGCGGCAGAGACUCGGGAGAAAUCGGAGAGCGAUCCUCUGCGAGUGUACCGUCUGGUCACGCACGAGAAACAGAGGACGGCGAAGGACUUUUUCGAGAGAUCGUUGAUGGCCGCGUUCCUCCUCAAGUGUUUGCAGCGAGUCGGCUUUUUCGAGGGGCAAACGGCGACUUUGAAGGACAAAGAAGAAGAAGAAGGACGAGAGACGCUCGACGAUGGAGAGAUCGCGGUGGCCGCUCUGCUGCUGAGACAGCUUCAGCUGUUGCAGUUCAACGCGCACGAGGUGUUUGAGACGCGACUCGGAAGGGAACAUCGAUUCCACGGCAGCAGACCCCUCUACGUCGGCGUGGCCGUCUACCCGACGGUUGCCCGCUUCAAUCACGACUGUUAUCCCGCGGUAACCAGGUACUUUGUCGGCCGACGCAUAGUGAUUCGGGCGACUCGCAGCCUGCGGCCGGGAGACGUGGUCGCUGAAAACUACGGGCCGAUAUUCACGAAGAAGAGCCUGCACGAGCGGCAGAGAACUCUGGCCGGCAGGUAUUGGUUUCGUUGCGAGUGUACCGCAUGCCGCGAGGACUGGCCACGCUUCGAGACUUUGACCAACGACAACGUCAGACUCAGGUACGUGCCUCGUUUACCUAAUGCCACAGUGACACGAUGAAAAGUCGUCGACUAUUUCGGCCGACACACUUUAUCAAGCAAAAUGACGAUCCAUUUUCUGUUUUUUUUCUUUUUUUUUUUUUUUUUUUUUCAAAGCCUCACGAAUUUCGAAAAUGACACUUCCCUCGACGAUCAUCUUGAGAAAUUCAAACGCUCUCUUGUCGGGAGAGAUUGA